UCCUUGGUGUCCGCACUAUGUGACUUCACUAUAGAUGUCAUAGAAUGUUGCCUUGGCUGUUUUCUGGCACAAAAAAAGGAAUCAAGCAUGCAAGGAAUUCAGAGGCCACAGAAAUUGGGCCUAACUAACCUUGUUUAGCAGUACUACUUGCGCAAUUCGAAACAGCAGCCAAUUGUAUAUGAACAAAUUCUCAACAAAUUCAGGACCUUUUUUGUGGCAGAUAUCAUUAGUUCACCUUAGCUUGUACCCAGUACACUUGGAGUUCGUACAGUUUGCUCAGAUAAAACACUAAAGAGACCAUGGUGGUUUCGGAACCCAAGCAGAUUAAUAGAGGAAAGCUCUUGCGCAUGUUCUCUACGUUUUUCUCUUGCAUCCAAGAUCAAAAUAAGCUCAGACGGGAAUCUCAGAGGGUGAAAAAAGACCUCCGGAGAGACAAUAAGGCGUCCCGGAACGAGAACAACGCUCUCAGAAGAGAAAACAUGUGCCUCUGGGCAGAGAACAAAGCCCUCCGGAGAGAGAACAAAGGCUUCCGGAUGGAGAACCAGUCGGUCCGGGAGAAGAAUCAGACCCUGAGACAGGUGAACCAGGACCUCUGGAUGGUGAACACCGUGGUUUUCAGGACCCCAAAGACACCGUGGGAGAAAAUCAACGUCUUGAGCACAGAAACGAAGUCUUACCGGCAGCAGAACAAAGCCCUGAGAGCUCAGACCAAGGCGCUCUGGGAACAGGAGGUCGCCUUCCGGAACGAGGCGAAAGCUCUCCAAGAAGAAAUCAGGUCCCUGCAGGAGAACAUCAAGGGCCUGCAGCAUCAGGAGCGAGCCAUCCGGCUGGAGGAGCUGGCCCUGAGGAAGGAAGGGAAUGCGCUGGAGAUGGAGGAGCAGGCUCUGUGGAAGGUGGAGCUGGCCCUUCGCGAGGAGAACAAGGCCCUCCGAGAAGAAAGCAAUGCCCUGCAAGAGGAGGAAAGAGCCCUUCUGGAAGAGACGAGGGUGCUGGAGCUGUGGAACAGGAUUCUUCAGGGGCAAGAGAGCAACCAUGCUGGCUGGGGCGAUGCCCAGUAAGGACAUAGAGCAGGAGACGUGUUAUAACCAGCGAGCCAUGAAAACCAUGGGCAUUCCAGAAAACAAAUUCAAACUUUUGAAGGUGAUAGACUAUUAUUGGGGUUGAGUCAAAAGCCUGGAAAUGUACAUUGCUCUGUACCUGAUCUUAGAAACGAAAUAAAGUUCUUAAAAUUAAAAGAAAAAAAA